AAGUAAUGAAGUAGGUCAUGCCAUUCACCAACUUCAUCAUAUUUCCCUUAUUCCUCCUCUCUGCAAAGAGGGAGAGAAAGCUAAGUAAGCAAAGCAAAGAAUGAAACGCUAAGUAAACUGGAUGCUCACUUUCAGCAGUAUGUUGCAACUUUCCUCUUUCUCUCUCUCUUUAUAACAUCCGGAUCCUUGUGCAUUUUUUUUACUCAUUUUCUACACGAAAGUCACCACUCUCGCAUAGUGCUUUCACUUUUUGGCUCGAACUAUAACUUUCUCUCACUUUCUCUAAUCCACUUUCUCUUCCCGUACAGCGAAUUGCUGUUAAUUUUUCCGAAAAAUGGGAACCCCUGCUCCCCCAUUGACGUCAAACUCACCACUGCCAACAACAAUAACGUCGCUGCAUUAUUACUCUACUCAAAACGUGGCCUUAGUAAAUAUUUAAUACUAAAAAAUAGUGUAAUUGUCUGUCAUGUCCUCGUACAAUUUCGCCCAUCGUUUCUCCUGCCGUCUGACCGUGCUGGGGGAGAUGGUCGUGGAGGGAGUCGCCAUCGUGGUCGUGAUUGGCUGGGAUGUCUUCCACUAUUUGAAGCGGAUGGGGAAGUUGAGAGAGUUUCGAGGUGGGCAUGGGAGUGGGGGCGACGGAGUCAUUUCAAUCUCGACAGGUCACCAAGAUGUGCUCGAGUUGAUUGGGGAGCUCGACUUUUGGAGCGUGGUGGGUCACGCGAUCUCCCUGCUGGGACUCUUUGUAGCGUUACUUAUUCUAAUUACGGGGAUUCGAGUGCUCAUCGGGCCUUGUCAGCUUACGCCUCAGGUGACUGAGAGGCGUCCCUUAAAAUCUGCCAUCAAGGUGUGUUCCCUCUGGUGCGCGUUGACCUUUUUGCGCUUCAUUCUGCUCCUGCUCGGCCUCUCCCUGCGCCUCAUGGUCUUCUCCCUCCUCGCCUUUGACGAGUUGACGAACGCGGAAAUCGCCAAGCAGGCCACGAUCCUCCUCCCACUCGCCUCCUCGCUCACCGCCAUGGCCACCACGGCCAAGUUCAGAGCAGAGGUCGAGGUUCGCUACGCCUCCCUCCUCCCUCAACUCCCCGACGGCUUUCAAAUCCCGCAAACCUCUUACGUACCCGGGUAAACGAGGGGAGAUUUUCAGAUAAGCCGGAAAAAGAUAGCCUCCACCCUGCAUAGUAAUACAUAAAAAAUCUACCUGGUUGAAAUUAUGCUCGGAAAAAUAAAAUACGCAAAACUGGAAACAAAUGCAAUACUCAACAAAAGUCAAUAUUAUAAUUAUAAUAAAUAAAUUUAGCUGUUUGUCUCUGUAUUGUGAAUAGUUAAUUAGUUAGUUAGUUAGUUAUUGAAGAACUGGAAAUUUUGAUCAUUAUAUAUCAAUUUAAUUAAUUAAAGUUAAAGUGAAAGUUAUAUAAAUGAGAAACCAAAUCUUCCACAAUAUAUGUGCAUACGUAUACAUAUUUAAAUUUUAUGUCUGUUUUUCUCAUCCAAAAGAAGAAAAUAUUGAAAUUGUUAAAAAAAAUGGGAGAAAGUUGUAACAUAAAUUGAACGGAAUAAAUACAAACGUGA